AUGUACAUAGCACCUGCAUUUCUAUUUUUUACACUUUCAUUAGCCAGAGCUAGUGCCAGCGAGCCCUCAAGGUACCCCAUGCAGUAUGUAUGGCAUGGUCUAACAAACAACUCCGCGGUAUUACAUAACGUACUCGCCUGUUUGUAUGCAAUACCUCAUACCGGAGACAUACAAGUGGGAUUGGAUGGUUCAGGUAUGUUAGGGCUGUACGUGAAUACAACUAGGUUCAGCGAAACGGCAGUGGCAGACACGUGGACAUUUUGCUAUGAGUACUUCAAUGCUACAUUCCAGAAUGUUAUUGAAUUUGGAAGCGAGCAAUUCGACGAGCUGAGAAACCAAACUUCCCUGAGUGACUUUGUCACCUCCAAUCGUCUUGUAGAAGUAGAUAGAUGGCCACGAAGGCAAGCGGGUCGCCGUCUACAGUACAGUAGCAGUAACACAUACGUUAAGACGACGGAAUAUGACGCUUUCUUUUGGGACUGGAAUACUGGAUGCAGUAGCUAA